ACUGCCAGUCAUAUUCAUACCACACCAUUCACAGUCACGGCACGGCACGCUCAGCUCUUGGUUUUCGUUUCUGCCGUGGUUUCUUGCAGCCAUCAGCAGCAGACACACCAGAAAAGUGAAGAAAAGUAGUGUUCUAUGUGGAACGUGUAACAUUUUGGAACUACCCUUUCUUCGGAAAAUUUGAAUAUUUGCGAACGAUUUACAAAGCGCCACGAGCCCAAUACGAGUCGGAUAUACUCGAUCUAGGAUCGACUGCAGAAGGUCAGAAAGUGUAUCUACUAUAUUUUUCUUCCGAUUGCGCAGCACACGCAGGGGAGAAAAUAGUGCACAAAUUUUUGCUGGAAUAUCGGUUUCGAGAGUGUCGGCUGGCGGCAGCGAAAGAAUUGAAGAAACGCGUACCCUCUCGCAGCAGAAGAAAAGGGAGCCCUUCUAUUGUGUGUCGCCCAUAUAGUCUGUGUUUGAUGCGUCGUGCGUGUGUGUGAAUGCCAGUCACAAAUUUUUUCCCCGAUCCGCAGCGAGCGUUUCUUUUUUACUCGAAAACCGUAAUUUAGCUGGGUAAAAAUAGUGAAAAUGGAGUCACCUUUGUAAAUAUUUGCGACGUUGUAGAUGGAUGUUCAUUUUCCUGCAAGAGUCUGAGGUAGCUUUAACAAUAUUGUAGUUAAAUUUAAUUUGAAAGUGAUUUUUUCGUCGGAAAACAAAGAAAGUGAACGAAUUCACAAAAUGUGUUUCACAAUUCAUGGAUGUAGCUGAAACCUGUCUUCGCUAGUUCCCGAAACUGAUGCGGAAACUGCAUAGUGCAAAAAAGCAUCGAGACAACAGGAGAACGAAGCGAAAAACCUCGCCCCGAAGGCCGAAUUGCGACUUUGAGCUGUGAAUUCUUUUCGCUACCAUCAUCGGACAAAACAGCGUACAUUCUGGCACAGACAUCGCGCAAAUCCGAAGCCCCGUCCGCCGGAACACAAAGCGACAUUGAAUGAACGCUGUGGUCAUCGUAACAGAUAAUGGCAGAACAAUGUAUCGUAACCAUUGAGGAAGAGCAGCAUCAUCAGUGCACCAGCCCUCUGGCGGAGAUCCUAAAUGAGUCGUCUGCGGUGACUAACACUUCGAUAACGACGAUAAUUACACCCCUGACAAUCGGGCCCGGUGGUACGAUUCCAUCGACUAUCUCCGGCUCCUCAACACCCACGCAGUCGGGUACGAUCGGUUGCGACGGACAGGAGGCUGGAGCGGAAGAAAGGGAAGAUGGCUACGAGUGGUUUUUUGUGGACAAAAGUGUUGCCGGCGACCAUCUUCAGGGUAGUCAGAUACAGCUGGAAACACCAACCAUAGAUGAGAAGAGCGGCAGUGGAUUGAACGUGGCAAAACCAAAGCGUCUGAGUGACGAGUUCUAUUCGGCUGAUGACGAUUACGACGAGGACGAAGAUGAUGAAAUGAUUGGUUUGGGCGGUGGUGGUGAUGGUGAUGGUAUUGUAAAGACUGGAGCGAUUGGAACUAGGAAAAGCGGUGAUGGAGAUAGCGAGGCGCAUGCCAGUUUGAAUGAGAUUAAGAAUUUAAGUAUCACUAAUAGUGCGGAAUCCGGCGAUGAUCGAUUCGAACGGGAUGAAAAUUCCAUAUCCGAUCCGAUCUAUAUCAGCGAGGAAACAUCAUCGUGUAGCAGUGGAGUUCAGCGAUCAACCGGCGAGGGUUCGUCCGGUGAGGUACAAGAAAUUGACGCACAACCACAGCAGGAAGAGGAGCAGCACAUUGAGAUGGAACACGAGGAUAUUCCGGAGAGUGAGAGCAUACCCGUAUUAAGAGAGAAUUCGGACGAUGAUAACGGGGACGAUGAUGUAGAUGAGGACGAUGUGCAAUCAAUCGAUGCAAUCGAACGUCGGGAUUUUGAACAGGAGCAAAAACUGACUGGCGGAAUUAUUAUAAAAAAUAGCGCGUUUAUACCCGAUAACCAUAGACUGAAUUUAGAGUUUAUAAGUAGGAUUAAAAAGAUGCGUGAGGACGAACUGCCGAGGAAGUCUCAGCCCGAACGCAAGAUUCAGCUUACGACAACGCCAACUAGCAGUAGACAUCCAUUCAAGAGCGGUAGCAGUAAUCCAACUAGUUCCGAUAGCGCCACUAGUAUGGAACAAAGCAGUAAUAGUACAACAAAGUCAUCGGUUAAAGUAAAUCUGUCGGCUAGUCUAGAGAGCUAUUGUACAAACACUGAAACCGCGAACGCGAUGGAUGCGGUCGAUGGGCCAUCCUGUUCAUCCUCGUUGGCUUUGUCAUCGUCUUCUUCGGCCUCUAGUAGUAACAAGGCAUUGCGACGCUACCAACAGCAACAACCCGAUGCAUUUCUUAACAGUAACUCCAACGAUAGCCUUUCCUCUGAUCGGUCCAUCUUCAUCCCAAAUCUGCAAGCACUAAAGACUUCGACUAAGGAAUGCUCUACCGCGCCCAACAAUAGUCCGGUGAACGAGCCCUGUCCGUCAUCGUCCUCCUCUUCGCCAUCGCCUUCUUCUGCAAGUUCAGCUGGACCUUCCACGUCCACCGAAGCAACAAAACCUCCCUCCGACUGCAGCUUAUCCUCAUGUGCUACCUCGGUUAUUAAACAGACCGGAGAGUGCAGCAAAAAUAUUAACCAUAACCCAAUCCCAUCAUCCAGUACCAGCAACUCAUCACUAUUCUCCUUUAGCUGCCCCUUCAGCAGUGCUGAUCGUGAAAGUGGCGAAGGCUGUAGUUCGGGUGCCGUGUCAUUGGGAAGAUUUCCUUCUGCUGCCUCGAAUUUCGUAGAUAACAUCGCUGACGAAGUAGAAGUCCCAAGCACGACACAUCACAAUCAUCAUCAACCUCACCUGCACCAUGAUCGCAACCACGUCGAAGAUCCACUGCUGGAACCCUCACAAAUGUCUAUGCCACUAGAACUGGCCGCUGCCGUAGUAGAGCACGAGUGCGAUGAAGAAAACUGGGCCGAUUGCGAGGAAGGAUCGGAUGAGGAAAUUUGCACAUGCCGAGAUUACACUGAUGAUGAAGGACAUGGUGGCGCCGGCGGUCUCGGCGGUCUUGCAAGCAGCGAAGACGAACUGCCUUCACGAGACGUUGAUCUGUCCAGCUAUACUCACAUGGAUGCGGCGGAAGAUAUUCUCGCUCAUGAUCCCGGCUCCGGAAGCACGGCGACUGCCGUGAACAACGCACAAACGCCAAGACUGCAUCGGAAGCGCAAGUUGACUGAGAAUCGGAUGUUGUUCGGAAGCGGCACCGGUCGUACUAUUGGAUCCGAAAUCGUAGGCGGUUUGGGGAACCACUGUGACAACACGAGCUCGGAGUCCCUCAACUUUAGUAGUCGUAAACGGUUAGCUUUAGAUAGUUCCAGUUCGCCGAGAACUUUACUCAGUCCGUCUAAUCAGCUUACUUCAACGCCAACAUCCUCAACGAUGGGAGAGCGAAAGACUCCCCGAAGUAUAAUCCCAACCAAAGAUAAUCCUCCUCCCGAGGUAAACGAUUGGUUGCAACAAUUCCAGCGAUGGACCCCCGUCGAACGUCUGGUGGCAGUAGAUCUGCUGAUCGAACAUUGCGACCCGACCCAGGUGCGGCACAUGAUGAAGGUUAUCGAACCCCAAUUCCAGCGAGAUUUUAUUUCGCUUCUACCGAAGGAGCUCGCCCUUCAAGUGCUGUCCUACCUGGAACCAAAAGAUCUUCUCCGUGCGGCUCAAACAUGCCGCAGCUGGCGUUUCCUAGCCGAUGACAACCUACUGUGGAAGGAAAAGUGCAAGGAAGCCGUCAUCGUGAUGGAAGCGAUGGGAGGUGACCGUCCGAAACGGGGCCGUGCCGGCAAUAUGCCUCCCAUUUCGUCCCAAUGGAAAGCGGCGUACAUGCGGCAACACAUCAUCGAGAUGAACUGGCGCUCGAGACCGAUUCGUACGGCUAAGGUACUAAAAGGUCACGACGACCACGUUAUCACGUGCCUUCAGUUCUGCGGCAACCGAAUUGUGUCCGGUUCCGACGACAAUACGCUCAAAGUGUGGUCUGCCAUCACCGGAAAGUGCCUUCGAACAUUGGUUGGCCACACAGGUGGAGUCUGGUCGUCACAAAUGGCCGGCAACAUAAUCAUCUCCGGCAGUACUGACCGCACGUUGAAGGUGUGGAACGCUGAAACUGGCCAACUGCUACAUACGCUGUAUGGCCACACCUCGACUGUUCGUUGUAUGCAUUUACACGGAAAUAAAGUCGUCAGUGGUUCCCGUGAUGCGACUCUACGAGUCUGGGACGUUACCGAGGGCACUUGCCUACAUGUGCUGGUUGGUCAUUUGGCUGCUGUUCGCUGUGUUCAGUACGACGGUAGGCUAGUAGUUUCGGGAGCUUACGACUACAUGGUUAAGGUGUGGAAUCCUGAACGACAAGAGUGUCUCCAUACGCUACAAGGCCACACUAAUCGGGUGUACUCGCUACAGUUUGAUGGUAUUCACGUCGUAUCUGGCUCGCUGGACACGUCAAUUCGCGUGUGGGACGCGGAAACGGGAAGUUGCAAGCAUGCUCUGAUGGGUCACCAGAGUUUAACAUCCGGUAUGGAGCUCCGGCAAAAUAUUCUGGUAUCGGGAAAUGCUGACUCGACCGUCAAGGUUUGGGACAUCAUUACUGGUCAGUGCUUGCAAACGCUAUCUGGCCCCAACAAGCAUCAAUCGGCUGUCACCUGUUUGCAGUUCAAUUCCCGCUUCGUAAUAACCAGCUCCGACGACGGUACCGUCAAGCUGUGGGACGUUAAAACUGGAGAGUUCAUUCGUAACCUGGUUGCACUAGAAUCGGGCGGUUCCGGUGGUGUUGUGUGGCGAAUCAGAGCCAACGAUACGAAACUAAUUUGUGCCGUAGGGUCUCGCAACGGUACGGAAGAAACCAAACUAAUGGUACUCGACUUUGAUGUGGAAGGUGCCUGCUUGAAAUGCUCAUAAGUUUGAAUAAGUAUACUCUUAAUACCUUCCUUAGAAAAACCCUCUCACACUGCCCGCACGCUUAUUUGUCGAAGCCUCCCGGUAGAAAAAAAAGAGUCCUCCCCUAAACUCCCUGUAUAUUCCCUACCUGCUGCGCUAACAAUAUUCUCGAACCCAACUGGUACGUCGAUGCUUGGAUGAUAGAUCAAGAGGAUAAACACUCUCAUUACAUGCCUCUGCAAGAGACUACUCCAGCUAGGGAGAAUCAAAUACUUUAGAAAAAAAGUGCUUGGAACGCGGAACCGCCAUUAUCGUUCGAUCGAAACCGGGGAAGAUGUUCGUAUCCUGCCGUACUGUUAUUUCCGAGAUCAAGUGCGAAUGUUUCUUUUUAAAUACUGUUGAAAUUUGUUUCCCUGUUGAGUUGAACGGUAGUUUGUUUCUUUUUAUAAAUUUUUUCCCAUGAUUACUGUGAAAGAUAAAAGUGGUUAAUUUUAUCAACUUUAUAUUGUUCACCUUCAAUUGUUUAUCAUUGUGAGAUUUUAUCGUUUGAUGCUAGGAGACACAAUAAUGACACUUACAGGACUGACCAAUACAUCUUCUCCGCUUCAGUUCGAUUAGAUCGACGGGAAAAUGCUUUAACGAAUGAAUGAAGUAACAGAACAGCUUUUGCUUUAGUUUUUAGUUAUCGAUCCUCAGACUCACGGAAGCGCUGAAAAACAUCAAUUGAACUGGCGUAGACUUAGCGUAAUCAACUAAUAGUUAUGAAUAGUAGCAGUGUUUAAGCUGAAAGAAAUAAACCAGACAGAUAUGCAGGAAUAAAUCACCUAUCACACGUAAAAUGCAGACAACAAAUAGCUGAAAUGCAAGACAAAUUAAACAAACACAAAAUGAUGCAGCAAUUGUCUUAGAGAGGAAUACAAAGUGUACAAUUUAGUUAGCUAUCUGUUUAGAAAUUCGAUGUCGAUGUAUAGGUUCCAAUUGAUUUUUGUUUUUUAUUUAAGGUUUUUUGUAACAUUUUUUUUUUUAAAAAAAAGUCUCAUUAGCAAAAUUAUUACCCCUAGAUUUUACUUUGAAAAUUUUGUUUGGAAGGCUUUCCCUAUCGAAAAUUCGUCUUGGUUAUAGUUUUAUUCCGUUGUUGAUAUUCAAUUUCCUAUACGUCUAUCACAUUUCACACUGGCGAUGAUAACAAGCUACCUUGUUAUUGUUAAGGGUCGAUUUGUUCUAUGUAAUUCGUUUAUGGGCAAUGUGCGCAUAUUUAAAAACUCAACCUUUGUUUCACUGCGAUAGAUCCGAAUAAAAUAAAAUACAAAUUAACCUUUAAACCCCAAAAAUAUACGAAAAAUUAGUACACAACCAUGUCGAUGAACAACAAAAAACAAUGAAUAAUAAAGGAAAAAUAAAAAAGAACAUUCUGGUUAUGCAUUAUCUAUAGAGAACAAA